UGCUGCUCGCGUACUCAUUACAAGCGCUAGCGUCGCGCCGAGUCGUUGUAUUUUCUCCCUUUCGCCGCCCCCUCCUGUUCCCAUAAUACCCGUCGUCGCCGUCUUUGGGCUCUAAUUUAUCUCUUGUCGUUCGUAUAAUUAUUCUCUGCAGAGAACAAGGCGCCUUCACACAGCGCUCGGCCAGCUCGAACUGCGACGAGGUCCAUUCUUCUGGUGUGCCCGCGCAAAGACUGCUAGUGCUGCGCCUCGCCUAGCCGUCCCUCUGCUCUACUCAGCGUCUGGUUCCGGCGUCUAUCGUAUUCUACCCGAUUAUCUUAAUCCACCUGCUUAAUCAUGGGCGCGUGCAUGUCGUCCGGCGGCGUCGAGGUCUCGGAGGAGGACAAGCGGAGGAAUAAGGAGGUGGAGAAGGAGCUGAAGGAGGCCAAAGCCAAGUUGGCAUCACAAGUCAAGGUCUUGCUACUGGGCUCCGGAGACUCGGGCAAAUCAACUAUUUUGAAGCAAAUGCGUCUUAUCCACAAAGUCCCCUUCACUCCCCAAGAAGUCGAGUCGUAUCGGCAGCUUGUCUUCAAUAACCUGACACAUGGCCUCCAAUCCGUCCUCGAGGCGAUGGACGACAUGGACCUCCAGGUCUCCGAAGAGAAUCAGCAAUACAUUGAGAUGAUCGAGAGCGCUGCUGAUAUCAAGGACCACGAGCCGUUCCCACAGUCAUACUACGAGCCUCUGAAGUCGCUAUGGGCAGAUGAGAAUCUGCAGAAGGCAUACAGCCGCGGCAACGAAGCAGCACUGCCCGAGAACCUUGAGUACUUCUUCCCUCAACUGGACCGGCUGUUCAAGCCAGACUACCAACCACAUGAGCUAGACAUCGUACACUGUCGUGCACGGACAAUUGGUAUCACGGAGACGAUGUUCCAGCUGAAGGACCACGAGAUGCUCAUGGUGGACGUCGGCGGGCAGAAGAGCGAGCGGCGGAAGUGGAUCCACUGUUUCCAGGAUGUAACGAGUAUACUGUUCUUGGUCAGCUUGAGCGGCUACGAUCAAUGUCUGGUUGAGGACAAGGAUGCAAAUCAAAUGCAAGACGCCAUGACAAUAUGGGAUUCGAUAUGCCACUCUCAGUGGUUUAAGCAGACGUCGAUAAUCCUCUUCCUGAAUAAGAACGACCUCUUCGAGAAGAAGAUUGCACACUCAGAUAUCAAGAACUACUUCCCCGAUUAUGACGGUGAACCGGGUGAUGUACGUGCUGGCCGCGAAUAUUUCAAGAAGCGAUUCGCGCGGUUAGCGCAGAAAGCAGGGGCAAAAGAGCGGGAGAUCUACAUUCACCUAACAACAGCAACGGACACGGCUAUGUUGCGAGUGGUGAUGGCUGCGGUAGAAGGUUCCAUAACUCUCCGAAGCAAUCUUGAGAAUGCUGCGCUCAUAUGAUUCGCUUCCACCAUGCCCGCCGCGUUUCGGCUUCUCUUCCUACACUGUACUAUGACGCUCUCUUGAUUUUUUCUCCUUCCUCCCCCCCCCCACCCUAUCCUGAGCUGGCUGCAACUCGGGCGGGGGCAGCACGCACUAUGCACGUUGAUCUGUUUUUGCAUGCUUUGCUUUGUCCGUCGUUAAUACUAAACUCAUUUCUCUCCUCUUUCUGCUGUUCCGUCCCGGAUGAUCGCACCCACAAUGUCAUUCUGCACCCGAUCCGACAAUUCCGGCGCAUCAUCGGUCAUAUGGUACUUUCUCCGCUUCCCCGAUUGGCAGUGCGAUCAUAAGCAAGAAUAUUCGAGAAAUUAUGCUGUGAGUUUUAAGGGGGCCGUUCUGGGGUGCAUGGGCGUACGCGUCGCAAGGCACGCACCGUUCCGUUCCAUCCGUUCUCCCUAUGCUCUCCUCCUGUUCUGUUGUCACGCAUGUUACAAUCCCUGUUUCCCAUUUGCUUUCGGUUUAAUUUAUCUGCAAGAUGCUAGCUUCGACGUUCGGACGGGUUGGGACUCAUGGAAUAUUCACUUUCGUAUCAAGAUUUGUUGUCGCACUUCUUCCUAUAUCAUGUACGCAAGUCUGCUCUUUCCCCCUGCCCGUGCAUUCUGUACCGCUAUUCUCGCGGCAUUGUAUUGUUGUCUAUACCUCUCAGGCUUCGCUUCACACAUACAUACGGAGUCAGCUUAUUCAAAAUUAAUCAUUCUCCUGUAAGCGUUCGAAAUCGCCACAAAUGCAUGCUCAUGG